AUGGAGAUUGAAGAGCAGAAAAAUAUAAAUAAAACAAUGUAGCCAGAAGAUUAAGCUCCUUAAUCAAAAAUAGACGAAAUCAAGAGAAUGGUUAUGUUAAGAAAAACUUAGAGAAAGAUACCAGCUUAAAUUCUCAACAGGAGAUACAAAAAGUUAUAAUAAUUGAUAGAAGAAGAUGAUUUUUUUAGUGAGGAAGCUAUAAAAAUGAGACAACCUUUACUUUAUUAUCUCUAUUGCGGUCAAUAUUUGAAAUAAUAAGCAGAGAAUUUUAGUGAAUUAUCAUUUGCAUAGUUUUUAGAAGAGUUGAUGAUGAAAGAAGAAUAUAGACAGCAAUUAGAAGACGAAUAUAACGCAUCUAAAGAAAAGGAUUUGCUUCCAAAGAGGAUGAUUUAUGAUUAAACUAUUAGUGAAUAAGAAAGAGAAGAUUAUGAAGAUGAGUUGAUAACGUUCAUGCACAAUUAGUUUUUAAUUGGAGAAGAAAAAGAUCACUUUAAUUAUGAUGAGAUUGAUAAUGACGAAAAUUUAGAUGAUAGAAAAAUAAUUGACUAAGAUCAAGAAGAUAAAUAUUUCGAUGAUGAAGAAGAAAAUGAAGUUGAUCCUAGCAAAUCUGAAUAUACUGGUAUAGAAGACUAUUGA